CACGAAUCUUCUAAGACCGUGAUUAUAACUAAUAUAAAUAAUAAUCAUAGAUAAGUACAAUCUGAUGGUUAUUGGUUGCCAUAGGUGCUAUUGUGCUAACUUCAUAAUUAUAUUCAUAUUUGCUAUGGCAGUUGCAUGCUGCAGUUGUAGUGCACAUUACACUGUCCACUAUGUUAAUGUUUAACUAUUAGAAACCUAUUAUUUAUAACAUAUUUUUGAACGUUAAAUAUUGUUACUUAUUAAUUACUUACAGCCAGUAUAAACAGCAAGGCGGCUAAAAUGGAAAUUGAUGAAGAAUCCGUUGCUAAUUACGUUACUACUAGUAUUAUUAGUCAUGAUUCUAUGGUAAGAAAUAGACAAUAUUAUACCUAUAGGCUGUACGCGUAUUAACUUAAUUAAGGACUUGAGCUGCUCAAAAAUAACUAAUUAUUAGUCACCUAUUUUAUUGUAAAAUCUGACAAUUGAUUAGUAAAUACUUGGGUAUUUACAAGAGUUUAACAUUUGAAAUAUGAAAUUAUGAAACGUUUUUAGAUAUUUUGAUGUUGUUUCUUAGACCUAAAAUCAAUACUCAUCUUUGAAACGUGAUUACUAUUUUAUAGUAUUGGUAUAAAACUACUUUAGCAAACACCUGUUGUUUUCAAUUUUUUUCUUAAAAAAAAUGUUUUUCAACGCUACUUUUGAAAAUGUUUGACUUUUUUGCCUUAAAAAUUAUCAUAGAAUUUAUUGCCAUUUGAAGUUGGUCGUCAUUACACUUUUGCACAAAUAACUAUUUUCGUGUACACAUUUCAUCUUAGCGCAAUUGAUUACGUGGAAACUGUGGUAUAGGAUUCAAUAUCUACAAAUUGAAAAAAAUAUUUGCACUUUAUAAUUAACCCUGCCAAGUUUCUAAAUGCACACAAAAUGCUUUUAUUUUUCUCUGUUAUCUACCUGACGUGGUUUUGCUAACAAAUUGUGUGGUUUUUUUUUUGAAUAAAACAAUCCGAAGUAGCGCAACGUGUGCAAACAUUUUGUUCAAUUUGUUGGUAUUGAACCCAUUGCUGCAAUUUGUACAUAUAGUGCAAAUAUAUUUAUCCAUAGUGCUACAAUGUAAUAUGUAAGAGCGGUGUAAAAUUAGCUAUUUGAGGCGAAACAUUACUAUCAAACUUCAAAUGAGUCAAAAAACUAUUUUUUUUUAAAAAAUUGAAAAAUUUGAUGUUCCAGGUAAAGUAGUUUUGUUUUUUAUUUUUAUAUAUAAUAAGUUAAAUUCUAAUUUUUUAACUAGGUAACUUGUGGUCAUUGUAAAGAAGUUAUUACAUAUCAAGAGUAUGAUUUUAACCAUCGCAAUAUUCAUUAUGAUCUUUGUUGGCUAGACGGAGUAGAAGAAGAAAUUGUAAUGUUUUUAUUGAAAAAUAGUAUAUGUACUUAAUGAAUUAUUUUUAAUAAAAUAUUUGUUUUUUUAUAUAUAUAUAGGACUUUACAAAUAUACCAAAAAUUAAAGCAUUAUUACGAAAAAGGACAAAUAAACUUAAAACUAAGUUAGAAUUUAAUUGUCAAUGGUGUGGGGGUAUUUAUAUCUCUAUUGUUGGAUUUGCCAAUCAUUUAUCAAAAUGUAGUCAAAAUGUAAGUAUUGUACUACAUUGUGUAUAAUAUAUCAAAAACCGUAUGAUAUUGAUUUAAUGAAUGUUUUGUUGCCAUUUAUAUAAAUAAGUAGUUAAUACAUGUACUAUUUGGAACAUAUUAGUUUAAAAAUUAUAUUUUUAUACAUUUACAAAAAUGAUUACAAAUAACUCGUUAAAAACAACUUGAUAGUAUAUACACCUUAAGAAAACAAUAUGGUUUGAGUUCUUUCAAAUAACUAAGUAUUCAGUACCUACAUUUGUUAAUCAUAGUUACAUUUGGACUAAUAAUCUGUAAAUAUUCAACAAUUUGUAUGAUCUGUCUUAUGAAAAAUAAAAAAUAAUAUUAAACAAUUCAUCAUUUUGUUUUAGAGGCAGUUGAAAGUGAACGACUCAUUUUUAAAUCUAUCUGAAAUGUAUCAAAAUAAAACAAUUGACGAUACUUCAAAUGAUAAUUCUAUAGUAAGUAAUAAUUGUUUUAAUUGAAUUGUUAUUUAUUAAAAAUUGGAUAUGAAUAUCUAUGUAUAUAUAAUAGUCUUAGAACUAUUAAGAAGAUACUACGGGUGCAUUUGUUGUAAAUGUUUUACAAAUGCGCAACAUAGUAAAUGUGUGUCAGUAGAAUUAAUUUUGGGCUGUUAGCUUUAACAUUGGAAUGAAUUGGCUUAAAAUCAAACUUAAAGGGGAUGAUAUUAUCUAUAUUUGUAUGCAUGAUUUUUUUUGUUUUUUAAAUUUCUAAGCAAGACUGAGAAUGAAAUAUUACUAUUUAAAAAUGUUUAUACUAUGUUAGAAAAAUUAAAGUUAAAGAAAAAUCAACAUACAAACACAGAUUAUGUUCUGCUUUUUAAUAUUGAUUAGGUCAAUUCACUCAUUUCACUUCAUUAAAGUUUAAAACCUCACUGAACAAAAUUGGUCCUGUUGAAUAUCAAUUGGUUAUGUUGUGUGUUUGUAAAAUAGAGAUAACAAAUGCAUGUAUAGUGUUAUCUUAAGUAUAUUUUCUAUAAAAUAAAUUCAAAAUGUAUCAUGUUAAAUGUUUAGGUAUUAUGUGGAUGUUGCGGUGAAAAUAUGAGUUAUACAGAAUAUAAAAUGAACCACAGAUAUAAACAUAAUAAUUUAUGUUGGUUGGAUGGCGAAAAAAAAUUGGUAUAUUUUUAUGUUUUGCAUAUAUAUGAUAAAUUUGACAAUUCAUUAAAAUUUAAUGGAACAAUAUGUAUUGUUAUUUGAUAGUAAAGAUAGUGAAAUUGAAUAAAUGUUUGAACAAUUUAACAUAAAUAUAUAAUAAAAAGAGUACUAGAUAUUUUAUUGUAAUUAUAAAUAUUUAAAAAUUAAUGUUUUUAGAAUUAUUUAGAUGAAAAUAAAGUUGUUUGUUUACUACGCGCAAUUUUACCAAAGAAUGCUGAACGAGAUAAAAAUGUUUGUUUUGUAUGUGAAUGGUGUGCAGUUAGUAAGAAAAGUGUGCUAGGCUUUGCUUCUCACGUGAAAAAAUGUGCUGUAGAACAAAAGGUAAUAAUUUUUAAAACUAUUCAUUUGAUUAAUUUAUUUAAUUUGAGCUUAAAUUAUACAUUAAUAGUAAAAAAUGACAAAAUAUUCUUAUAAACUAUAAUAACUAUUCAAAAUUUCUUAACUAUAGUUUAUCAUAAAUUAAAUUAUAUAAUGAUUUUCAGUGUUAUAUUUUAAGAUUUACUUAAGUUUAAAACUAUAAAUAAAAUAUAUUCAUUUUUAAAUAGUUUAUGUUAAUAUAAAAAAUUAUAAUAAUUAAUUUUGUGAUUUUAAACAUUAUUUAUUAUUGUUUGUGUAUAUUUAAUAAUAAUCAAUAUUGUAAAAUUAAUUUAUUGUAUACAUUCAUCUUAUUCUUCUCCUUUGCCUUCAUCCUAAUUAUUUGAGGUCGACUACUUUUGUUCCAAAACUUCCAUCUGAUUGGAUCUUCCACCGUGCAUACACCAGCUGUCCUUAUAUCAUUCUUAAUUGCAUCCAACCACCUCUUUCGGCCUUUCACUUCCCCUCUUCUUUCUAAGUUAAUUCCAUUACAAUUCUUACUGCUUAUGAUUUCUCUCUCCCCAUGACAAGCCCAAACUAUCUUAGUCUAUUUGGUACUUAUCUAUUACUUGUCUACUAUUGAAGCAAUACCUAAGCUAGGUCUUAUGUCCUCAUUCCUUAUCCUAUCUUCUGUCAUCACUCCACUCAUCCAUCUAAGCUUUCUUAUCUUUGUUACAUUAAUUUUCUGUCCUAUUUUUCUAUUUACUGCUGAAUACUGAACCAUACAACAUAGCUUUGCCACACUUUUAGAGAAUUUAUGUUUAAGUUUCAUUAGAAUUCUCUUAUCAUAAUCUGUUUUACUUCUGCUUAUACUUAGUUCCUUUCAUUCAAGUACUAAACUCCAUUUAUCAAUUGUAUUGUUAACUACACAAAUUAUUGCUUAUAUAAUAAUUUAAUUUAAAAAUGUAUUUUUAGUUAGUUACCUUACAGUGCAAUUCACCUCAGCCUAUAAAUGAUGAAAUAACUUCAAAAAACGAUUCUGAAUGUGAUUCUGAACACGAUUCUGAACGUGAUUCUGAUUCCAUAGUAUGUGGUUUGUUUAGAAAUUAUAUUUAAUAAUUUCUGUAUUAACAUUUUAAAUUAUUUUUAAGGUGAAAUGUGGUCGAUGUGAUAAGAGUAUGCCAUACAAAGAAUACAAAAAACAACAUAAAUUAAGCCAUUAUAAUUUAUGCUGGAUAGAUGAAAAUGAAAAACCAGUAACUUUUUUUCUUUUUAUUAAAAUUUAAUAAAUACAUAUUAAUUCCAUAGAACGUAAUUAGUAAUUAAUCUAUAAUACCAACCAAUCAAUUUUCACAUUAUAUUAUUAUCAGAAAAAUGUUUAAAAAAAAGGUAUAUGAAAAAUUAUAGAAUAAGUAAAAAUGAAUAGUGAAAAAAUAGUUGGUUAACUUGAUAAUUUUGUGAUAGAUUAACAUUCAGUGCCUUAAUCCGUUAUUGUGUAUUGGUGGAACAAAUGCAUACAAAUUUUUACAUAAGGUACUUUUUGUGAAAAUUUAAGAUGGAUAACUUUAAAAAAUGGUAUAAGCACUUUUAUUUUAACACUGUUCAAUGAUAAAACCAUUAUUAAUAUUCUUUUAAAUUUUUAAAACAAAGUCUUUAAAAUAUGGCCCAUAUUAAAAAUUUCUUAAAAUUAAUGAAUUUUUAAUUGAAAUGAGAUAUAUUUUAACUUUUUGUAUAUAAAUACAAAUGGGGAGAAAGUAAUGGGACACUACCCAGACCUUAUUAUCUCUUUUGAUGUAUGUAUUUAAUAUAAAAAAAUGUUUAGGACUAUGAUGAUUUGAAUGUCUUACAAAGUUUAUUAAAAAAAUCAUUACCAAAAGAUGCUAUAAUUAAAAGAAAAGUAAAGUUCAUUUGUGAAUGGUGUGAAACUAUAAAAAAAAGUGUUCCGGGUUUUGCUAGCCACAUAAAACAGUGCCAAUCCAGACCAGUAAGAUAAAUAAUUCUAUAAUUUAUUAGAUAAUACAUGUUUAAUUUGAUAUCAGGAUAAACCAAUUUCUUUAAAUGCAAAUGGACUAGAUUCAACUAUGUCAGACAGAGAAUUAUAUGAAAGAGAUAUAUCAGUGGUAAGUUUAUUUUGUGAAUCUUGCUAGAGCAUGCAUAUUUUAUAAAAAAAAAGUUAAUUUUUUGAAGGUAACUUGUGGACGUUGUAAUAAACAAAUGACUUAUAAAGAAUACCAUUUAAAACAUUGUUCUUCUCAUUAUAAUUUAUGUUGGAUUGACGGUGAAGAUAAACUAGUGAGUAAAAGUUGAUCUUAUGUUUUACAUAAAAUUAAAUUUUUAAUGUGUAACGUUUUUUUUUUUUUAGGAUUUGGGAAAUUACGAUACCGUAUUAAAUAAAUUGAGACAAUAUAUGCCUUUUAAAGUUACCCGUAAUCGAGGAGUAAACUUAACUUGCGAAGAUUGCCAAACUGUUAAAAAAAGUAUUGUCGGGUUUGCCAGUCAUGUAAUAUUCUGUAAUAAAUCUGCUAGUGUAAGUAAUAUAGUCAAUUUAUAAGUAUAAUUUUUGGUAGCAUACUUAAUUUGGAUGAAUAUGGUUUUUGGGGUUUAUUGAUUCACAGUUACAUUAUGUAUAUCCACAGGACUAACUUUAUUCAUUAUUCUUUAAUUUAAUAUGGAUAAAUUUAAAUAUUAACUAACAUAUUAUGUUAUGAUUGUAUAUUACUAUGUGAUACUUCGUAUUUUAACUAUAUUUGCAACUGAUAAUAAUAUCCAUACUAUAUAUUGAUACGUUUUAAAAUGUAAUAUAAUGUCAUUGUGCUAUCUAACUGUAUGACUUCCAUGAAAAAUUAGUAUAAAUAGUCAAUGAUAUUAACAAAUUAUAUAAAUAAAAUUGUGUUAUUCUUGGAUACCAUAAAUUGUUAACAAAUAAACUUGGAAUAGUCGUAUUUUAUACUGAUUAUUGUUUUAAAAUAUUUUGAAUUUCAAUUUUGAACACCAAUUAUUUACCAGUUUACCAGUUAGUUUCGGUAAAACAGGAUGUACAAGAUAGUUUGGAAAAUCCCCAAAAGAUAUAGUGAAAACAUUUACACAUCAAAUUUAGUUUGGUUAGGUAGUAAUAAUUAUUAAUUAUAAUUGAUAAAAGAGCGAUGUAUACUUUUUUUUUUGAUGAAUUUUGUGAUUUUUUCUUUUUUGCUUGUAAUUACUCAAAUAAAAUUUGUUUGUUCUUCUAUAUUUUAAAUUCUGAGUGUAGGGUGGGAGCUAUUGGUUUUACAAAGCUGUUUAUUUUUUUUAUCAUUUCUUUCUUUCUUCGUAUCUGUGGGCGCAUUUUUUCCUAGUAAACUUGCUCUGAUUUUUUACGUUUAGGACCAUUUCUGUGGAAAUUCAAGUUGUUUAGAUUUUACUUCAGAGAAGUUAUUUUUUAAAUAAAAGCAUUUAAAUGGGAAAAAGCGUUGGAAAACGUACAAUUUCAUGAUUUCAUUUUUUUUAUAAAAAGAUGAACUGUUAUUUUCUUCCAGAAAAAAUGAUUUAAUUGAAAAAUCACAAAAUAUCUCUUUUAUUGCCUUUUUAAUUUACUUUUUUAUGGUAUAAUUGCCAAAACUUUUGAGCUUUUUAUAGAAUUUUAAUUUUUGGGAGUUUGUUUGUUGUAAUUUGGUUAUAAAUACAUGUAGAGACUUGAAACUUGGUAAUAAUACUUACAUUGGACAUACCUAAAAGUGGUAAAAUUUUCAAAAUCAUCGGGCAAUUUUUUUUUUUAUAAUCGUUUUGAAAUCAAAUUUAAACGAAAAUCACAAAAAAAAUUAUGGCCCUUCAAAUUAUAUAUUAUUGAACUGCUCUCAGAAUAGUCUUUUGUCAAGCAAUGGUUUCAGAUAUAAAUGAAAUAAUCUUAUGUAUCUUAACUUCCCAACUUCUCACCUACAACAGUAUCAGCUCUUUUUUUUUUUUAAAUUUAUGAUAUGGAACAGAUUUGAUAUUUUAGUAAAUUGAUAUGCUUAUCUAUAGGAAAUAAUACGUAUUUAUUUACAAUAGUUUACUUGGGAAGUAUACCGUGUGUACUAUUUUUAUUAUUAUAUGGUUUUAUAAACUUUUAAAUGUUGUUUUUGGAGUAAAAAAUGACCAAAAUACUUUUAUACAUAACUAGUAUAUAAAUGUAAAUUGAAAAAUGUAUUAUGUAGCUCAAGAAGUCUGAUGUCACCAGUAACUAAGGACAAAAAUUAUAAUUUUUGUAAUUAUAUUAUAAUAUUAAUAAUUUAAAGUUAUGCAAUUAUAUAACAUAUAUUUUUUGAAUAAUAUGUAAUUAUAAUGUUCUUUUUUAUUAUUUUAGUAUAUUAAUACUAAAAUAUAAUUUUUUUUUUUUUUUUUAAAAUUAACAUAAUAUUGUAAUAAUAUUAGAGUAUAAAUGGACAUAUUUUGCAUGAUGAGUAGGCCAAUGUUAUAGGUGAUAAGUUAGAAGGUAGGAUAUAGAGGGGGAAUUAAAUUUAUAUUUGAAAGCAAUGAAAAACGAUUCAGAGCAAACUUUGGUUAUACAUGUUUUGUCUACAGAGUACCUACCAAGUACAAAAUUAUGUUAAAAACAAACAAAAUUAAAAUUUUUAUAAAUAAUUGAAAAAUGGCUAAUAUGUUUUGAAAAUUUACCAUGUCUAGAUAAAUAAAUAUAAGUUUUCCGUCAAAAUUUCAAGUCUUAAUAAAUAUUUUUAUCCUAAUAAUAACAAAAAAUCAAAAUUGAAAAUUUCGUAAAUUAUCCCAUUUUUCCUAUGGUUUUUCCCAAUUAUUAUGAAAACUCCUUGAAAAAUCGAAAAAAUGAUCUCUUGAAGUACCUAGUUAAUAAAAUUGAUUGGUUUUCAUAAUAGAUGUUACACUUGAUUGGAUCAAUAUUUGUGGUAGAAAAGUGGCUCACAGAUGAAAAAAAAUAAAAAUUAUUGUACUACCAAUACAUUCCUCGUUAUGCUAUGGAUUUUCCCUAAAACUGAUAUUAUUUAUUAAUAUUUAUAUUAUAUUUAAUAUAUGUUUAUCUAAAUCUGAUGUUAAGAUUUAUUAAAUUCUAUUUGGCAAAGUCCAAAUUAUAAACAUCAUUCUGAGUUUGACCAAACUAUUUCUUAUUUUCUAGGUAUUUCUAUUAAUAAAUAUCUAAAAUUCAGUAUUUGUAUGUAGAGUUGUAGACAAUAUUUUUGUAGAUUUAGAGUUUUCACAAAAUUUAAGUAGUAUCAAGUAUCAACAUUUUAACACCAAACAUUUUUUUUCUAAUAUUCCAUCUAUAAUGGAAUUUUUAAUACAAGUAGGUUCUCAUUUAGAUAAAAAAAUAUUGGUAUUGUCUUUAAAAAUGGAGUGAGCAUACUUAAUGAAUCACCCAAUAUAUAUUAUAAUGUUUUACUAUUUUACAGGAUAUAGAAAUGUUGUUGGUAACAUGUAAAGAAUGUGGGAACCAAAUUAAACCACCAUCAUUAGCAGCUCACAAAUUGAAAAAUUGCAAAAUGUUGAUAAAAGCUCAAGGUGAUGAUAUCAAUAAAAAUGAUGAAAUUGUAAGUUACAAAUAGUUAUUUUCUAUCGUAAUGUUUAAAUUAAACAGUUUUAAUUUAAAAAAAAAAUAAUAAUUAAAUAACAUUAUAGAUAAGUCAUUAUAGUCCUUUACAGUUUUAGUUUAAAAGAAUAUUUAACCAUUUUAUGAUGUUUGAAGAGUAGAUUUAAUUACGUAUAGAAAACAAAUUAAUAAUUAGUUCACAUUUCUGUUCAAUAAUUUGUUCACAAUUUUAAAGUGUGUAUAUUUUUUGCAUUACUAAUACUAUAAACUUGAUAAUAAUAUGUAUAUCUUAUUUUUUACAUUUGGUUUAUUAUGUAUUAUUAUACAGUUUUAUUUAAUGACUUUUAAAUUCUAAGUGCAACAAGGAUUAUUUAGGAUUUUUUGUCACAAUGUGUGUUUUUUAAUUAUUAUUAGGGUUAUAAUGUAUAAUAUAAAAAAAAGAUUUUAUUCAUAAUACUUGGUAACUCAGUAGCUGCGCCAGGAUUUUAUUAUGCUAAAACCAGUUAAGGACCAACAAAUAUUUGGUUGGACUAUCUAAAAAUUGUUUUCCUAACACAUACACACAUUUUUAAAUAAUAAAAUUAAAAUUUAUGAGGUACUACAUAAUUAAAUUUAAAAAAUAGUGUUUUUUACUUUGUAACAUAGUAAUUUUAAAAUAAUCCUUUGAAUAUGAGCAUCGGCAAAUUUAUCAUUAAAUUUGACAGACUUGUAUUUAAUAAUCUGUUUUUUAAGUAAUUUUUUACUCUACUCAUGUCAUACAAGAAAAUGUACGUUCACAUGAUUAUUUUAUUAAUACAGGUAAUGUUAUAGCGAUAGAGUUAAGCUUAAUGUUUCUUAAAAAACUAUUUUAUAUUUUUAACCUAUUAAAGAAACUAUUAAAUAGGUAUAUUUUAAUCUUUAAUUUUCAAAUCAUUUUUUUUUUUCAUAAAGUAUACUUUUAAGUAGUAUAUUUAAUUCUGAUUUUAAACAUUGUGUAUCAUAUUAAUAAGGUUUAUUAAAAGGAAUUAUAGUAUCAUAAGCUAAAAAUGUUGUAGAUUUGGAUUAAAGACAUUAAUACCAUUAACAAAAUUAGAUAAUUGCCAAAAAAUCUCUUAUGCAACUCAUUUAUUAUUUUAUCUAUGUUGCAAUAAAAUAUUGUAAAUCUUUAUUCAUUUUCUGGCAGUUCUUAAAUUAUUUAUAAGCAUUUUAGCUAAUUAAAAAUAGGAUCAUAUUAUAAAGAUUUUUAUUUGUAUAAGUGUUCUGAGUUCAAAUUUUUUUUUUGAAAAGUUACAGUAUUAAAAAAAAAUAUUUAACCAUAUUUCACUUAGAAUAAUUUUUCAUUAGUAAAGAUGUUUGUUUGUAGAAAUAUAUAAAUUAAAUAACUAUGUUUACUACCUAACCAAUUUUCUAUCUACAACAGUUGCUCAUCCUUCAGCGGUAUCAUCUUUUUUUUUUGUUAGAUUCAAUUAUACAGAUCACGUCGGAAAAAAAGGCCUCCGAAUGUUUUAAGUUUUCACCCAGACACCAAAUAUGUGAAUGAAUUUUAUGUAUGAUAGUAAUUUUUAAAUUCAGGUUGAUAAUAUAUAUUUAUAUUUUUAUUUUAUUUUUUAGAAUUUUAUAUGUCGUUUAUGUGACUUCAUUGCAUCAAGUGUUAAUGAUAUUUUUAAUCAUAUUUCAUGUAUCCAUAACAUUGAUAUUAAUGAAAUUAAGUAUAAACAUAAUUUUGAAAACUGUAUAUUAAGUGAGUAUAAUUAAUUAAACAUUAUAAUUUGUUUUUAUGUAGUAUAUAAAAAUUGAUUUUUCUCUAGAUGAAUAUGAUGUGCACAAAAAUAUAUAUUUGAAGCCCUUAUUAAAUUAUUAUAAUUAGUAAGAUACAGAUUUUAAUUUCAUUUGCUUAUAUUUGAUUUUGAGUGUUAUUUAUAAUAUUUUUAGUUCCAGAAAAAUGUUUUGGAAGACUAUUUGUCAUGAAAAUUUUCAUCCCGAUUUAUUUGUUUUAAAUAAUAACGAAGCAUUGAAGUAUUUACCAUCAGUUCAAAAAUCCUGUAAAAUAUUUAAUUUGGAUGAUGAACAAAUUAGUGUUGAUCUAUUUAAGUCUGCCUAUGUCAAUGGUAAAGCAAUUCAAUUUUUAAAAUUUUAAAAUUUUAUUUAAAAUUUAUUUUGUAGGUAUGUAUUGGUUGUUUACUGGUGGUCCCAAUUGGGCUAUAUCGUGGUGCCCUGUUCCAGAAGAUGUUAAAAUUCAGUAUUUAGCAAUAGCGUGCCAUCCUAAACCUGAUUUGGUGCAUAAAGAGAUGGACAGUUAUAAAUACCCAUCCAUUUUGCAGCUAUGGACAUUUAAUUCAUUAAAUAAUAUUAAGUAAGCUCUAUUACUAAGCAAUAUAUUUAUAUAAUAUAGAUUAGUUAACAUUUACAAGUUUUAUGUAUACAUGUUUUGUAAUAACAAAGUUCAUGUUUUAAAUUAAUCUUUGUUCACUUUAUAUUUUCUAAACUGCCCAAUUUUCCAUGAAUAAAUACAAAGGAUAGCUAUAAUCUAUCCUUAACAUUUAUUUUCAUAAAUUGUAAAGUAUAUGUUUUCAGUUAUAAACCUAUAACUGCUUCUAAUAUGCCAUAUAUGUCUUAUGGUUUGGCUCAUGAAUUCGGAGCUGUGUGGGAUAUGGCAUGGUGUCCUUCAGGAGCUUAUGAACCUCAAAACAAAAUUGGUAUUUUGGCAUUAAGUACAUCUUGUGGAGAUUGUCCCAUAUUUGCAAUGCCUUGUGUAGAAGGGAAUCAAGAAAUGUAAAUUUAUUGUUUAAUAAUUAUUUUAUAUUUAGAAUUGCAAUAUAAAAUUUAAAAUAAACCACCAUAAUAUGUAGGUAUUAUUUGUACAAAUCAAAACCUGUGAUAGCAAGAAAUUUUGAAUGUGAAUGGGUAAAAGGAGGUGUGCAAUGUACAAAAGUUUGUUGGCAAGUAGCUUCACCAUUUAGGUAAGAUAAAUCACAAUCAAUGGAAUAAAUAAUAUAUACAUUUCUUGAAAAAUCUAAUAAAAAUGAAUAAAAAUUUUACAAAUUUAUAGCUCUAAGAUCUGUGAUUUUUAACUUCAAAUUGGUUACCAAUUUGGUAAAAUACUACAAAUUUAAUAAUAUUCUAUUUUUAUGGGUUAGAUAGAUAUAAUAUAUCUAUAUAUGAUUACAUAUUAUGUAUCAAUUUGCAAGUUUCUCUUAAACUCAGAUACUACUAUUUGACCCCUUCUCAUUUCAUCAUAAUAACAUCCCAUAAAUGGUAGAAAAUUCAUCAGAAGACCCAGUUUUAAUUUCCUGUCAAAAAAAAAAAAAAAAAAGUUAUAUAGUGAUACUAUCUAGGUACCUGGUUCCCUUAUUUACUAGUCUUGAAUUUGAACCGCUUAUAUGGGUGUACAAAAUAAUUGGUAUAAUAUUGAAUCAAAAAUUGUAUACGUAGUUGAUCCUUCAUUAAUAUCAGUCUUAUUUAGCAUACUUUAUUUGUAGUAAUUGGUAUGUAUUCGUCUUUGAAGAAAAUACAGUGCUAGUAAUACAUAUUGGAAUAGAUUAAUAUAUUUACUAUAUACAGUAUACAAUAAGUAUCUAUGACAAUACAUAUCACAUAUAUAUCAUGCAUAUCAGAACUGCAUUUUUGGAGUAAAACUUAUAAUAUACUAUUUUAUAUGAAUAAUUUUUAUGUUCAACUUAUUCUUAGAAUAAUGCAAAUUAAAAAAUAUAUAUAUUUGAACGGAAAUUGUUUUAAUAAAAUAUACAAUGUAUUAUUUUACUUACUAUUAUAUUCAUUUUUUAUGUAUUUAUUUAUUUAUUAGAUCUGUAUAUUUUCUAAAAAUGUUUGAUUACUUUAUUACUUAUUUUUGUAUAACAAUACUAUAAGUUAAAAAAUUGUAUGUAUUUUGAACGUUUUAGAACAAUUAUAUGUGGUUAUUCAAACGGUGUAGUAAGUGUGUUCAAUUUAAAUUUUAAAUCAAUUUUUCUUAAAGAUGAUAUACUAUAUCCAAGCCACAGUUUUAGGGCAAGUAGAAGUAGUAUAACCGGUUAGUACAUUAUUUACUAUUGUUAAAAUUGUUUUUGUAUUUAUCUCAAAAAAAAAUGUUUUUAUUGUAUAUUAUUGUUUUUAGGUUUGUCUAUGAAUUAUUUUAAUUCGUCAAUUUUAGCAACUACAGCAACUGAUGGUUCUGUAUUAUUGUGGGAUUUGCAUAUGACUGAAAAUCCAAUUUUCCAAAAGAAAUCUUAUAGUCCUUCUGAUUGUACUUGGCUUCAACAAUGUUACACAUUAGUAUAUUGUAGUAGAGGUGUUAAGUAAGUAAAUGACUUGAUAUUAUAAAAUUUAUUUUAUACUCUAUUGAAGUUAAGAAAGCCUAAUUUUAAAAAAACAUUCAUUGUCAGUAUCGAACACAGUCUUUAAUUUUAAAUUUUAAUCGCUCUUAACCUGAAUAGUGUAUAAUAUUUUAAACUUAAUACAUUUUUAAUUAAUUUGUAAUUCAAACAUUUUAUUUAAUAGCCCUGCAUUCUUAAAAGUUCGGACUGUAAAUUUUUCAAAUUAUGAUAAUGAUGGAGAUAAUUAUAUUCCCGAAUUAUAUGUUUUAAAUAGUGUUCAAAAUAGUAAAUUAAUCAGCAACUAUAAUAUUAUAGUAAAUAAUAAUGAAAAAUUAAAUUGUGAUGAUGCUGAUAAUACUUUUAAUGGAGAUGAAAUCAGUAUGAAUAAUGCAACAACUAUUCUUAAUGAUUCCAAUAUAACUUUUGAUGAUGCUGAUGAUACAUUUAAUGAAGAAGACAAAAUGAAUAUGAACAAUGAAACCAUGCUUCCUAAUGAUUCUAAUAUAAAUUGUGACAAUGAAUCAUGUAAAUCUAUUGAAUCGAGUUCAAAUAGCAAUGAGAAAGGUGAUGUGAAACUUGAUGGUGAAGAAUGUACUGCAAAACCUGAAGAUGUCUCAAAAAAUAUUGAAGAGGAAGAUUUUUAUGGUCCUGCUUUUUUCCAACAGUGUACUCAUUGGGUUUGUAUAAAUAAAAUGCUGAUUAAUUUAAAUUCGAAAAUAUACUUACAUAAUAUAUUUUAGACUAUAUCCGGAUCAAACUGGAUGAAUGUCAUUGCAACUGGGAAUGAAAAUGGUUAUAUUUACGAAACAUUGUUUUUCCCAGAAACCAAUCAAAUGAGAACGGCAAACUCUGUGAGUAUAUGGUACAAAUUUUAUAUUAUAUUUUUAUUGAAACAACAUUACCUUCAUUGUAGUAUUUAUGACUAUUACUAUAAUAUUUAAUACUAUAUUUUCCAUUCGUCUGUGUACAGUGUUGAAAGAAAUUUGUUUUUAGGUGAUAACAAGUUUCUCUGUGACUCACAUUUUUCAAACCCCCAUUCAGUUAACAGUUGUUCCCCGGUGUUUUACAUUUUAAAAGAGAUCAUUCUUUGCAAAUGACAACUUUUCAAAAAUUAAUUAUCAUAUAAUCUUACUAUUAAUAUUUAGUUCUACACAUUGUGCACAGUAUUGAAUGAACAUAAACUUUUACAAAUUAUAUUUCUCUAUGAAAACUUAGUUUGACUCCACUAUCAGAUUUCUCCAGGUAAUGAUUUAAAUUAUCAUAGUUUUUUUAUUUAUUUAUUUAUACGGAAAGAUAUUCCAAUUAAAAUGAAAUUAAUUAUGUAGUAUCUGAAAGUAGAAAUUGCAGCUAAAAUAGAUUUUUUUUAUACAUAAAUAUGAUAUUGUACAGUAUAAGCUAUACUUUACAUAAAAUAAAUACAAAUAUGUUAUAUAAAGACUAAUAUAAUUUUACAAUGUAAUCAUACAUAUGUCAUUUUUAAAUGACUCAAAACUAUAAUUAAAUAUAUCAGUUUUAAGAUUUAACAUAUUGCCGUGUAUCAUUAAAAUUGUAUGAGGGGAAAAAAAUAAAUAAUUAUAUUGAAUAUUUUCAAUAUAAAAUAAAUUCUUGGCUUGGGUUAGUCUAAAAUGACAAUUAAAAUUUAUUAACUCUAGUAAUUUUAGGACUAUCAAUGAAAUUAUUAAUUAGUUUAAAAAGAAAAAUUAAAUUACAAGUAAUUUGUUUAGCACUUCAUCUCAUGUUUAAGUACUGUAAGAUUCCUUCAUAGCUAUGAAAUACAUUUUUCUAUAUAAUACAUAUUUGUUUAACUAAUUGAUUCGAAUAAGGUGUUUUACUCUAAUUAUUAUUUAUUUAUUGUUCAUGAUUAUAACUACCAUGGUAACCAUUUUUGCUUUCUUAUUGAUGUUGCAUACCUUAUUUUUUUUAUUAUUAUAUAUUGUAUCUGAAGGUGCAUACCUUGCUUUGGUGUAUUUUUUAAAAAUACACGCGAAUAUAUUGAUUUAAUAAAUCCAUUUUUGACAAAUAUACAAGUAAAAAAAUAAAAUAAUGAAUAAUAAACAAUCACCAUUUAAUUUCCAUAAAAAAUAAAAAAUAUGUCUAUGAGAUUCCUUGUGUGUCAUUAUAUUUUCAGGAGUCAAAAGUACUUUUAAACUUCUAUUCCUGAACUAAUAAUGUUUAUAACUGUUUUUUUUUAUUAAGGUUGAUAUUAUUAUUAUUUAAAGAACAGCCGUUGGUAACAGUAUCUUUACCAUAGAUAUUAUUAGUGCUGUUGCAAGGCAAUAAUCUGAAAGUUCCUUAUGAUACUCAAAGUCACUUAAUUUAUGUACUCAGUUUCAGCCUUUCAACAAAUUUUCCCAAAAAAGAAACCCAAUUCGAUGAAUAUCUAUGUCCUAAAACACUUAAACCUGAUACCUGCUUUACAGAUAUCAGUUUCACAGUCUGCUUUAAAAGCAUCAUUUUUAGUCUUAUAGAAUUUCAAAAUGUGUUUGAAACCAUAUUUUACCUGCUACUAUUGUUAUAUUGACAUAUGGACUGCAACUAUGGGGAAACGCUAUAAAGUCUAAUCUAAAUAAAAUACAAACUUAACAAAAUAUUGCGCUUCAAAAAUUAUUAAAUGCACCUCCCUAAGUAUCUAAUCAUACUAUUCAUUCAGAUCUAAAAAUGCCUCUAGUGCACGAUGAAGCAAACAUUUAUUACAAACGUUUCCACCUUCACUUAAUAUCCAACCCCAAUCCGCUUGUUAGAAAUCUCGCUGUCCCAACAAUCUCCGAUAACCCUACAAGAAAGUUGAAACGCAAAUGGCGCCGUGACUUGCUUGAUAUAUAAAUAACGUUCUAAAUAAAUAAGUAUAAUCAAAAAAAAAAUUUACAUAUGAGUAUAUAAAAAACAAGUGAAAGUGUCACUAAUGGGUAGCUGCUUUAAUCAAACGUAACAUGUACUAUAUGAAUUAUUGUAAACUAUAUUAAUAUUAAUAUUCAUAUUAUUAUUAACUAUGUUUUGAUACCUUAUAUAUCUAUUCUGUAUCACAUUUACUCAUUGUGCCAUAAGGUAUAGAUUGUAAAUUUCUUUUAAAAGUAAAAAAAAAACUAUUGAUAAGUGUACGGAAAUAAUUAACGAAAAAAAUUGCAAAACAAUUAAAAAAUAUUCCUCUUUCUGCUACUACAGUUGCAAGAUGUAUAUCACUUAUCAGUAAUGAUUUAUAAGUGCAACUUUUGUCUUGGUUGUCAACAGGAAAUGUUUUUCUUUACAGCUCGAUGAGAGCACUGAUAUUGCAAACGAUGCAAUAUUGCUAUAUUAUGUGAGAUAUUUUUAUAAUAACAAAAUUAUACGAGUAUAUACUGUUCUCCUCAAAACUUGAAAGUACAACUACUGGAAGAAACAUUUUUGAUACGUUAGUAAACUUAUUUAUGAUUUGCGGAUGGAGUAUUUUGUGUAAAAAUAGCCAUGCUCAUACAUCUCAAUAAGUUUUUGUUUGUAUUACUACGUGCACUUUUUUUCUGUAUCAUAACAUGUAUUUUUUUAUAUCAUUACACAUAAUAAAAAAUUAAAUAUUAUCUAGAAAAAUGUUUAUUUUUAUUUAUACAGUUUUAAAAGCACUUCUACAAUGACAUACUAAGACAUUAAUCAACUUAAACUUUUUUUUUGGCUAUCAAAGCUGACAUUGGUCGAAAAAAAAAUGUAUGGUAAGAAAAUUAGGUUGCGAGUCAAAAAGUUUGAAGACCACUGCUCUAGACCAAAUGAGCUCAGACACCGGAAUUAGAGUUGUUUUAUAUGUGGGAAUCAAAAUAAUAAUAUUUAUAUUAAAUUUGAAUGAGUUACAACAUGUUGAGGGGAAAGUCUAUUUUUAGAUUUGAUGUGUAGCGAGGGAUCUAUAUCUUUUACUAUGUGUAUUUUUAUUUUUCUGUCUGUAACUUUCAACAAUUAACAACCAGAAAUUUUGAUCCAAUGUAUAGAAUCUGGUACCUUUUUUGAAAGGAACUUUUUUCUAGUUGGUGCGCUAUAGAGGGUUAUUUUUUGAUUUUCCUAGAAGUUUUCAAAAUAAUUUAAAAAGACUGGAAAAAUAAUUGUAGGUAAAAUGGUAAAUAUUUACGAUGUAUUAUCCAUUUUAUGGAUUUUAAUUUGUGCAAACUAUGUUUUAUAACAGAGAUAUCGAUUUUGUUCCUUUUAAUAUGUAGCCACUGACAGAGGAAGUCGUUUUUUAAUAUCUAAAGCAGUUUUUAUAAUUAAGUGGGAAAACCAAAAAAGGCUAAAAAUUUAAUUUUUUUCAAAUUAUUGUGCAGCGAGUUCAUUAUUUAAAAUUGUUAAGAUUAUACUAUUAUAUAGAUUUUUCUACCAGAAAUCAUUGUCUAAAUUAUAAAAAUAGCAAAUUCACUGAAAGAAAAUGCUGUUUAGUUUGUAAGUAAUAAAGUCGUUAUUUGAUUUUCCAUAUAGUUUUCCUAAUAAUUAUGAAAAAAACACAAGAUAUAUUAUAAAUUAUACUUAGUGGUUUAAAAAACAAAUUUGAAUUUAAUGCAUUAAUCUUUUUUUUUUCAUAAACGUUUUAAUAUUUUAACAAAAAUGAAAAAAAAAUAUACGGCAUUUAAAAUAUAUCUUACCGAACUUAACUCUGAAUUGUUUUUUCAUUAGCAAUGGUUUAUCUUUAUUUGUACAGUUAUAAAUUUAAUACUUUUAUUUAUCCUCUUCCCAAUUUCCCACUUACAAUAAUGUCUGCACCCGUCCUCAGUAUCAGCUUUUUCUUUUAAUUAUGAACACCAUAGAGACUCCCUUCUAAUAGAAGGAAGGGGGAUGCAAUUUCGUUUGUCUAUUCUAUUAGUGUUUAGGACGUGCCUUUGGCCGUUUCAAUUUUCAGCCUCUGUCCUUACAAUUUUUUUUUUUUUCUAAAGUAAUAUAGUAUUCAGUUAUUCAUUGUAUUAAUAAUAAUAUUUCUAUAAUUCUACCAAAUUGGGAGGGAGGGGAAUUAAUUUCUAAUGGCAGAGCUUUACUGGGUGUUUUUUUAUAAUAUAAAUACCAAAAAAAUUAAUAAAUAAUCAUAUUUAUACCAUUUCAGACAACACUUCAAUUGGUAGUUAGACGAUUAUCAAGUGAUACAUCUCAAUCAGAAUAUUCAAGUGGGUAUCGUUUUAAAGAAACUGUUAACGAGUUUGGACUAGAAUCCCAAUUUGUAAGUAUUUAUCACGGCUAUAGAUUUAUAUCUAGUAUCUUGUCUGUAUUUUUUUUUCAAAUGUUUAUGUUUUCUAUUUCUAGUAUUCUUUUCAUAAAAAGGCAAAAGAUGACAAGAAAAGCAGCAAACCAUUGUUAAGAUAUCCUCUAGACAAUAUAACUAAAGUGAUACUUUUUUUAAUGCAUUAUUUUUAAAAAUAUAUAAAAUUAAAUCCUUAUAGUAUUUUCGUAUAUUUUAGAUUGCCUGGAAUCAAAAUUUUAGUUCAUUUCGUUGGUUAGCAAGUGGAACUCAAUGUGGAUUUACUAUUGUAUCACCAUCCAAAGCAAUGUCCGAUUCUUAUUUUGAGUUAUUUUAUGAAACAAUUUCUAAUUUUAAGAAAUAAUGACAUUAAAACUGACAUGUUUAGACUGAUAUUAUUUUUCAUUAAGUACGUUAUUUAAUUUAAAUCAAAGAUAAUACUUUUGAUAUAUGUUCCAACUUUUUUUUUCUACAUUAAAAACUUAUUUUUAAUUUAUAAUAUAUUAAAUUGUAAUUGCGUUUUUUAUAAUUAAGAAGUAAAUCCAUAUGUAAAAUCAACUGUUGGUGGUGAGUUGUAUACUUGUAUAAAUCCUUAAUAGAAUUUAUUCUACUAUUUAAUAUUAUACCAAGAAUUAGUUUGUUUUUUAAAUCUCAUUAUGAGAGCACAUUAUUUUUGUGAAAACUUAAUUGAACUAAAGUAAAG